GGUCUUGUCGUCACCAACUACAACGUUCUGUAGUUCUGUACGCUUACGUGUGCCGCAGACUCUUCAGUCAUUUCUUCCAUCGUAGUCUGUUCAUUUAAUUUCAUUAUUUUUCCUUCACAAUUGUUAUAUUAUUUYCUUCCAAAAUCCAAACACAGUGCGCCGCAUCUAAACGUGACAAUCCGUCCGCAAACGACACAAUACGAUGAURUACCACCUGCGACCAACUACCCGCAUUCGACGAAGGUUGAAAUAAUAACGGAAAUUGAUACAGAAUGAUGGCUGGCAAAGAUGAAUUAGACGACUGUGACAUCAUCAAACAAGGUCUGAUGGUGAAGCGGUCGCAAAACAAAAAACGAUUCAUGCCUAUUAACUACAAACAGAGAUGGUUUGUAUUGACGACCAAGCACUUCAUUUACUAUGAGUCUGAAUCGGAAGAAAUUAUUGAAAGAAGCUCACUGCCGUGUCUCCAUAACAUACAUCAACUGCUUAACAGGCGUAAAAAAGAACGAGGUCGUAUAAAACUGUCUACGGUAACUGUGAUUGAAACAGCUACAAUUAAUUCUUCACCAAAUAUUUUAUCUCAAGAUACUACUAACAAUGACGGUGAAAAUGGGUAUGCAUUUCAAAUAUCAUAUAGUGAUGGAAAUGAUCAACCAUAUACAUUAUAUUUAAUUACACAAAAACUUCAAGAAAGAUCUGAUUGGAUAAGAUCUUUAAGAGCUGUAUGUGCUGACUCCUUGGGAAGAAGUGAAAAAUAUCAUCCAUCAAUUUGGGGUGGUAAAAAAUGGCAAUGUUGUCGAGCUCCAACACGUAUUGCUGAAGGCUGUGAACCAUGUUCUGAAUGGAAUAAAACACCACCUAAUUCACCUGUUAUAAAAAAUGGUGAAAAUAAUAGUCCAAUAUUAGCAUUAACAGCAAGCCCAAUAAUGCCAGGCGGAACCCCUGCUGCUAAGCUAAAAGACCAAGUACCAAGAAUUAAGGUAGUGACUGCUUUAUAUCCCUUUAAAGCAAUUGAACCAGGAGAUUUGACUUUAGUUAAAGGAUGUGAAUAUGAUGUCAUUGAUGAUUCUCAAGAUCAUUGGUGGAAAGUAAGAGAUGAGCAUGGUGCUAUAGGCUACAUUCCUAGUAAUUAUGUUAAAGAAAAAGAAUUUCUCGGGCUUCAAAAAUAUGAAUGGUAUGUUGGAGAUAUGUCAAGACAGAGAGCUGAGUCUCUUCUCAAACAAGAAGAUAAAGAAGGAUGUUUUGUUGUUAGAAAUUCGUCAACCAAAGGUCUUUAUACACUAUCUCUUUUUACAAAAGUGCCACACUCUCACGUGAAACAUUAUCAUAUUAAGCAAAAUAGCCGAGGUGAUUUUUUUUUAAGCGAAAAACAUUGCUGUUCAACUAUUCCAGAAUUAAUUAAUUACCAUCGUCAUAAUAGUGGAGGAUUAGCAUCACGUUUAAAAGCCUCUCCUUGUGAUCGACCUGUUCCUGCUACCGCUGGCCUUAGUCAUGACAAAUGGGAAAUAGAUCCUGCAGAACUAAUGUUGUUGGAAGAAUUAGGUUCAGGUCAGUUUGGUGUAGUACGCCAUGGUAAAUGGAAAGGGUCUAUUGACACUGCAGUCAAAAUGAUGAAAGAAGGCACAAUGUCUGAAGAUGAUUUUAUUGAAGAAGCCAAAGUCAUGACGAAACUCCAACACCAGAAUCUAGUCCAACUUUAUGGAGUUUGUAGUAAACAUCGUCCAAUUUAUAUAGUUACCGAGUAUAUGAGACAUGGAUCACUACUGAAUUAUCUCAGGCGACAUGAAAAUAGUUUAGGAGGAAACAAUGGCUUAUUACUUGAUAUGUGUAUUCAGGUUUGCAAAGGGAUGGCCUAUUUAGAACGUCACAAUUACAUACAUCGUGAUCUUGCUGCUAGAAAUUGUUUAGUGGGUUCAGAAAAUGUUGUAAAAGUUGCAGAUUUUGGAUUAGCCAGGUAUGUACUUGAUGAUCAAUAUACAAGUUCUGGCGGUACCAAAUUUCCCAUUAAAUGGGCUCCUCCUGAAGUCUUAAAUUAUACUAGAUUUUCUUCCAAAUCUGAUGUUUGGGCUUAUGGUGUUUUAAUGUGGGAAAUAUUUACUUGUGGUAAGAUGCCAUAUGGACGUCUUAAAAACACUGAAGUUGUUGAUCGUGUACAAAGAGGCAUUAUUUUAGAAAAACCAAAAAUGUGUUUCAAAGAAGUAUAUGAGGUUAUGCGUAAGUGUUGGAGUCACUGUCCUGAAGAUCGUCCAUCUUUUAGAUUGUUGAAAGAUCAACUAGCUGUCACAUCUCAGGGUUUAAUAGCAGAUUGACGUGUCCCAAUACAAUCUUGUAAUUGCGCUAUUUGCUUGUUGCUUGACAUUGGUUAUGAGCCCCUCAUAGAAUUAUGUCGUUUAGUGAUAGAAACAAAUCGCCGUGGCACUCUUUGAACUUAUAAGUUUUAUGUUCAGUUGUCAAAAUUUUUCAGUGAGUUUAUCUACAUAAAAAUGAUCUCGAACUUUGCUAUAAGUUUUUAAAAACAAUUUCAAAUUCUGUUUACUUUUUAUACUAAUAAGUAAUUACUAUUUUAUUGACAUCAAUUGAGAUAUUAUACAUUCCUUUUAUAUGCAUGUUUUAUUGAAAAACUAAACAAAUUUAUAAWGUUUUUGGUAGGUGCCUAUUAGUUUUAUACAGGGUUAUAAAUCCAAAAUUAAUUUUUAACGGUAUUUAAGACGAUGAAUUUUAUUACAUGUUUGAACAACAAGUUUAUAUGUCUAAAUAAACAAUAUUUGCAUUAUCUACUUUUUAAAUCAAAAUUUUUCUGAAAAACAAUUUUAUUUUAUGUCUUCCAUUUAUUGGAAAAAAAUAUUAACUGUCUAAUGUGUUUCAUUUAGUGUUUACAUUUAUUUACCCAUGAUAAUUACUGUGAUACCAUAUUUUUUAUCUUUUUAUUUUGAAUUGAAAACAUAUUUAUAAAAACAAUAAAAGUGUUUCAUUCAUUUUAAUCAUAAUAUAAUAUUGUUAGGCACUGCAUAAAGUAUGAUGAUUAAUAUAAGUAUACACGCUGCAACAUAAUACAUUAAGAAUAACUUGAAAAUAAUUUACUUCUUAAAAAAAAAAAAAAAACAGUGGUUUCUAUUUAAUAUAAAAAGUGAAAAGUUGUGUGGAUAUGUAUAGAAUACAUGAGUUAAAAAAAGUCUUAAGUAUUUAUGUUCCAAUAAUCUAGUUUAAUAUUCCAUGAAUAAAGUUCAUUAAUAAAAAAAGAGUACUGAGUUAAAAGGUGUAYCCUAUUGCUGUGGAAACAGUAAACACUGUGUUUAAUAUUAUACUGUAUACAUGGCUAUGAAGUAAAAAAUAUAAAUAUUUAUGAUACAUUUUGCAGUAGGU